AUGUCACGCUGGGAUAAAAAAUGCGAAUUUUCUCAAGACAAAGGCACCCAAAAUUGGAUAACAUCUACCUCUGUCUCGAUAUCAGGCAAUAUAAUAUGUGCAGGAUCAAUGUCAGGUCAAGUUUUUGUUUUUGAAAAAAGAAUUACAGGCGGAUGCUGGGACCAUGUAUAUACAUGGGGUGCAAACACGAAGACCAUUGAUGUUAAAAUGCAAAAAGAAGUCAAUCCUAUUAUUAUUGAUACAGAAUUAUUCCCAUCACAAAGAAAAUCUCCACUUUUACUUACCUCAGGUCAGCAAGACAUUCACAUUUGGUUCAUAUCCGAUAAAGUAGAACCAGCAAUACCAAAAGACUUUGUUGCUCAAGGUAUUACAUUCCCAACUAUUACAAAGCGUGAGCGCUUCAUUACAACCAAUGAAGUAUGUCGUCUACAAGCCAGAGAAGGUAAUACUAUAUCAGCCUCUCGUGCAUGUAAUGAUGGCAUCUCGUUUGCUUACGCCGAAAAUAAAGAUGUUAUAAUUGGUCGCUUAGAUUCGUUAAACAGAAACGCCACCAUAUUCACCAACGAAAAUCAGCUUACCCGUAUUGAUUUUAAUCCAAAAAGUUGCGACAUUUUACUUGCAGGCGAUGUAAAAGGAAAUGUUAACAUUAUAGACUCAAGAGUUGCUCCCAAGUUAACUACUCCUACCUCCCGUGCAUCCUGCAUCAAGCCUCUCGCAGGACAUCACUCCGCAAUUACUGAAUGCAAAUAUUCUCCUGACGGAGUUAAUCUUUUCUCUCGCCACCCCAGCGACAUAAUAUUCUGGGACUCAAGGAACAUGAAAGAGCCGGUCUCCGUGAUCUCUCUUGCUACUGAGAGCCAAAGAAACCACAUGCAAGGAAAUGAGCCAUUUAGAUGUGGUUGGUUCGACGAAAAGACCGUUGCAACAGGAAAACUCGGAGGAGAACUAAGUCUUGUUACGUCCGCAGGUGUCAUAGAUACAGUACAAACAGGACAAAGAAGAGGAGCUUUCUUUUUCUUGAAGGAUAAGAAGAGAUGGGACCAUGAACACGCUGUAGCUGCCGUUGACUGCUUGAAUGGAUCUGUGGCAGCUGUGGCCAAUGGAACAAAACUAUACAUUUACGAUUGCAAGCCUUAA